AGGUCUGUGUGUCUCAGCAAGAUGGGUGGUGUGGUUUACCUGACCAGCAUCGACAAGAAUUUUCUGUUAUAGCUGGCCUGGUUCCACUCCAGGGCCCUGGUCUCCCGCUGCUGGAUACGAAUAGCUCUGUUGAUACACUGCUUCAAUGGAGCUGCUGUCCUUUCUCCACAGCAGUGUCCUGGUGAAUUUUAAAUCAAGGUUCUGUCGCAUGACAUUACAAGGCUUUAACUUAACAACUAAACAGCCUCUCUGCCAAUUUGCACGAAGAAAACCGUUUCUUCCAUCCACCAUAGCACAUAAUACAGUAAGAUGCAUGUUUAUUCAGACUCAGGACACUCCAAAUCCAAAUAGUCUGAAGUUUAUUCCAGGAAGACAAGUACUGGAAUCGAGGACCAUGGAUUUCUCCACACCAGCUGCAGCAUUUUGCUCACCUUUAGCGAGACAGUUGUUCAGGAUUGAAGGAGUUAAAAGUGUCUUCUUCGGGCCAGACUUCAUCACAGUCACAAAGGUGAGUGAAGAUUGGGAUUGGAAUUUACUGAAACCAGAUAUUUAUGCAACCAUAAUGGAUUUCUUUGCCUCUGGUUUACCUGUAAUUACUGAAGAGGCACCUCGUACAGACACGGCUGCAUCAGAAGAUGACGACGAAGUUGUAUUAAUGAUUAAGGAACUUCUGGAUACUAGAAUAAGGCCAACAGUUCAGGAAGAUGGGGGUGAUGUCAUAUAUAAAGGCUUUGAAGAUGGGAUUGUACAGUUAAAGUUGCAGGGUUCGUGCACUAGCUGUCCCAGUUCUAUCAUAACGCUGAAGAAUGGGAUACAGAACAUGCUACAGUUCUAUAUUCCAGAAGUGGAAGGUGUGGAACAGGUUGUUGAUGAUGAAGAUGGAGUGGAGAAAGAAGCAAACUCUACCUGAGCUAACGGCAUGUGUGUGACUCUAAAUAGCAAAGUUUUUUCCCAAGAGUGUGUAUAACUUAAUCAUGUCCCGAGGAACAACAAAAAUUGCCAUUCUCUACUUUCAUCUCUUAAAAUUCUCUCUCUCUCUCUCUCUCUCUCCCCCCCACCCCCCGGCCCGUUUAAAGAUAAUAUACUGCCUUUUGCAGUGACUUACUAUAUGGUCUGCUUUCAAAAGAGAACUUGUUCCUUCUCCUGUAGACUUCAUAACUGUUACGCAUGGUUAAGAAACAAAUGAAAAGCAUUUUUAAAUAGUGAUUUGUCCAUCUAUUUCUAUUUCAAACACAAAGGCUUGAGAAUAAAAGUGGGAAGUGAAAAAAGUUAGUGCAAUUGUUUAGAAUAAAUUCUAAAGAAAGUUGUGCAUUUUAUAUAAUAUCUGUUUCAAAUAUUCUCCCCAUUCUGCCUUAUGGGCUUUUGGAAUGACUUGCAAUCAUAUUCUGAAGCUCCGAGAUGUAGAGUUUAUUUUUAUGAAGUAAAUUAUUUAUUUGUUCUUGAUUACUGUGUAUGAGUUUUGACUAAAAGUUAACCUGGUCACUUCAAAUGUUUGUUGUUGAUUAUACUCAGUUGUUAAAUAUAAUAAUAUUGACUAGUUUUGUGAUUGUUAUUCCCUUCCUUCCAACCAUUGUAUAGACAAUGGCAACAAAAUCAAAUACAAUUAGUUACAGAUGUGAAUCAACCGCUAAGAAAAUAAUACCAUUUUUUAAAGAGUUCAUUAGAUGAUCCUUAUCAGCCAUGAUAGCUGGAGACCCUAAUGCACUUUUUUAUAACUAAAGAUUAUACAGCAUAUAUUAUUAAUCUGUUUAAAUUUGCAAUAGGUCCUUCCUUAACAUAGUAUUUCUGGAUGCAGAAAAACGUGGCAGGAGAGAACGUCAGUUUUACAAGCAUUUAGAAACUGUGGGAAGGGAAAAGGUUGACUUUCUGAAACUAAAACAUGUCACUCAUGCUUUUCAAGAGCAAAACAUCUAUUUUGUGGGUAUGUAGAGGCAUAACCUGUUUCCAGUGCCCAGUCUGAGUAGAUGACUUGGGUAUUAGGGAUUCUGUUUUCCUUUGGCUGCAUCCACAAAUGAGUUGCUGUAGGACCACGACUUGGGCUUGUGGCUGGAAGAGUUCCCACGGUUUUUGUGCUCCUUCCUCCACAUGCAGGAAUUUAUUGCCUGCUGCACAUGCCCCAUCUCCCUUCAAGAGCCACAGCCAUGCAGGAAGCUUCCACAGUGCUAGGCUUCAUGGUGAGUGAGCAGUACAUAACCCCUGAAAUUCUGCCUUCCUCCCAGCCCAUGCACAGUGGAACCAGAGCAGGUCUGUUGAAAGCAGAGCCUUUCAUAUCAGUAGGCAGGGUUUGGGGCAAUGCAGUGGACAUCACUAAAUAAGAAAAACAGCCUUGGAAAUCCAUGCUCAGAUCAUUUUUGAGGAGCUGGGAUUCCUUUAGAAAAUUCAAGAUCUGGUUUACUUUUCCAGAUUUUUCAGUAAUUAUAAGCACAUGCCUACGUACAGCCGAAUCACAACUGAGUAUCAAGUAGGGCAAUGUAAGUACACGGUGUGAAGUAGUAAGGAACACAUUCUCGGUUGGUUUAACUCCACCAAUUUCCUGGAUCACAUGAAUAAACCAGCAGAGAAUUUGGCCCACAGGGCACAAAGCAGCAUGUAAUAACAAUGGACUUUAUGCUCUCUGUGUGCAGUUUAAGGAUAAAUAUUUAUUUUAACAAAACAGCUGUUGGAACUCUGCUUUGGAGUCAUAAUGCAGUGUCUUAGAAAUAAUAACCAGGAUUGGGAGUUUGGAACUCCCGUGUGUUUUGUCCCCUCCCUCUUAGAAGUAAACAAUGUCUAAUCUUGCUAAUGUAUUUAUAACAAAAGCACCCUGGAGGCAGACGUGUGCUCUUCAAAGGACCAGCUUGUGCACAGGCUAACACCAUGCUCAUGCUUUCAGCAGCAAAGUCCAAAAUGGCUGGUAAUGUUUCUGAUUUCUCAAAAAUUGAGCUUUUUUAGCCUGAUUUCAGGUCAGUUUCCUGAAUAUCUUUAUAAACCAUUAAAUACUCAAAUGCGAAAUAGGUGUAUUAUUGUGAAUUAAAUAAAAUGUCUGUCCUCUGCA